GAACACUUACACUAUCGUAAUGUUUGUAAACAAACAGAUUUGAAUGCUGUUUCGUUUUGCUUGAGAAAAGAUUUAAAUUUUUUAAUUUUACUAACACUAUGGAGGAGGAUGAAGACGAUUAUAUCUCAUACGGAACACCAUUACCAGAAAUAGAAGAAGAAAGUGUCCUUCGUAAAAAGGCUGCAAGAGAAUUGGAAGUGAGAGAUGAAAAAGGUCGACAGCGAUUUCAUGGAGCUUUUACUGGUGGCUUCUCAGCUGGUUAUUUUAAUACAGUCGGAACCAAAGAAGGAUGGGUUCCAUCAGCAUUUGUUUCAUCUCGUGACAAAAAAUCCACAGAUCUUAAGCAACAAAAUCCUGAAGAUUUUAUGGAUGAAGAGGAUUUUGGAACAUUUGGUAUUGCUACUAGAAGAAUACAUACUACAUCUAAUUUUCAAGAUCCAUCUGAUGCAAGAGCACUCAAAAGAAAAUUUGCAGACAUAGAUAGUGUUAUUCCAGGAGAAGCACCAUUAAAAGAUAUUGUGAAACCAGUUCAGGAAUCUAUAGGAAUAAAAAUUCUGAGAAAACUUGGAUGGAAACCUGGACAAGGAAUUGGACCUAGAGUAAAAAAGACAAAUAAUAUGAAAAUUUAUGGAUGUUCUCCAUUUCCAGAGACUGCUGAACUUGAGGAGGAUGAUCCCUAUGCUCAGUCAUAUACUUUUGCUCCCAGUGAUACUGAGGCUGAAAUGUAUCAACCAAAAGAUAAUGUAUUUGGUUUAGGAUACAGUGGGUUAUCAAGAGAAUCUGUUCUCAAUGCUCGCAUUGAUACAUUUACCCCAACAACAACAAAGUCAUGGCUAAAAAAGGAUAAGAAAAAACUUGCCAUCUCUGGACAGGCUUUUGGAGUUGGUGCUUUUGAAGAUGAUGAUGAAGAUAUUUACAGCAAAGAUGAUAUGUCCCAGUAUGAUUUUUCUGAUCUUGAACUUAAAGGAACUUCUCAAAGAACAAAUGAAUUUGGAAAUAAACAACAUCUUAGCAUAGCUCAUAAUAUAAUAGAAGGGUUUCGUCUGGCUUCUCAACCACCUGCUGUCAAAAAGUAUUAUCCUCCUCCUCAGUUACCUCCUAACUAUGGACCUGUUUGCACAUUGGUAGUAACUAAAAUUCCAUUACAUCCAGAAACACGGUUUAAACCUCGACAUAAUCUAUCUGCAGAUGAACGAUCAGUUUUACUUGGAGAAAAGAAAUUUCAGUUAACAUUUGAAAAGAAAAAUCUUGAUACAAAACCAAUCACAGAAAAUAUAACUAGAAGCUUAGGAAAGAGCACACAUUCAUUUCGGCCAUUCCCAAAUGAUGAAGAAAAGCAAAAAAGAUAUGAAGAAUAUUUGAUUUUGAAAAAUUUGGGAGAAUUAUACAAGUUGAUUCAACCAUCAUCUAUGACUGAAUGGGAAAAGCAGCAAGAACUUGAAGAAUUUGCUAGAGCAGCAAUGCUUUUUAAACCUUUGUCUUCUGCUUUAAGUGCCAAGUUUGAAUCUCGAUCUCAUUUGGAUGUUGAACAUGAAGUCAUGGAUGCAUUAGCUAAAGCCAGACAUGAAAGUACAAAGAAGGCUGAAGAGAAAAGAAAACUUAUUGGAAUGUUUAAUCGCAAAACCUCUGAAUGGCAUCCUGCUUCUUUGUUAUGCAAGCGAUUUAAUGUUCCUAAUCCUUAUCCAAAUUCUUCUGAAGUCUCAGGUUCCCAAAAAUCAAAGUCUUUGUUUGAUCACAUAUCUUUUGAUAACGAGGAAAUGGAGAAAACUUCUCAACCAUGUAAUUCUCCUUCUAAAACUGAAGUUGUGGAAAAAUCAUUCCCUCUUCAUAAUGAGAAAUUUGCUGAUAAAGUUCCAGAAAAGAACUUGUCUGUCUCAGCCAAUAAAAAUGAAAAUAUCCAAGAUCAAUCAUCUGAAAGUGGAAGACCUCCCAUUGACUUCUUCAAAGAUAUAUUUGAAAAUUCCUCUUCUGAAGAGGAAGAUACUCCUUCAGCAGAAACAGAAAAUCCUAAAGUUCCUACUGAGAUUGAGAUUAUCGAAGAAGAAAAAUCUUCUUCUAUUUCUACAUCAGAAGCAAUUGUUUCAAAUAAUAAAACAUCCAAAAAUGAAAAAGUAGGAUUUGGCGUUUUUGCCAAUUUAGAUUUGGAUGCGUUAAAUAAAAAAACUCCUAAAUUGAAGACAGAGCAAACAAAAAGUAGUGAGACUAAGUGUGAUAUUAUGGAGACUUCAAAAGCAAAUGAGAAUGGAGUAACUAAUGAGGCACAUGUUGCUGUUGAAAAUUCUAGCUUAUCAAAUGACUUGUAUGGACCUGAAUUACCUCCUAAUUACAGUGAAUCAUCUUAUUCAACUCCACCAAAAUUUGAAUCAAGAAAAAAAGCUAAACAUAAAGUGAAGCACAAACAUAAACACCAUAAACACAAAAAUAAAAAGAAAAAGAAGAAACAUAGUUCAUAUAAAAGUUCUGAGGAUUCUUCAUUUGAUUCAGACGAAGAUAUACCUCCCGCUGUUAUUCUUGAAAAGUUUAAAAAACUACAAAAGGUUUUGAAGUAAAUUACAGCAGAAUUGUUUGUUCACAACUGUACAGUUUUCAUGUGUUCAGAUUUACAAAUACCUAUUGUAUAUAAAUAAAUCACGAGAUGUAUUUUUA